AUGGAGGUGAAGGAAGAUCACAUGCUUUCACCAGCUGGUGACAGUGAACCAAUUCUCAGAAUCGCCCAUUUUCUCAAACCCAUUUCAAACACCAUUGAAGAACCACCUUCUGGGUUUAAUCCAUCUUCUCUUUUUGACCCAGAGGAGUGGCCUUUGAAAAUCAACUUCAUUGGAUGGCCACGCCCCGUAACAGAAAAAUGGGUUUAUUGGGUUGAUCAACUUAAACCCAAAUUUGAAUAUGUGUGGAAGAAAGUUGGCAUCUUUGAAGCUAUUAUGAGUACCAAGUGUUGCAUAAAGAAAGAUCAUAACUUGCUAUUUGGGGUUGUUGAGAAAUGGUGUUGUGAGACAAACACAUUUGUUUUUCCAUUUGGUGAGGCAACUAUCACUUUGGAAGAUGUUAUGGUUUUAGGGGGUUACCCUAUUCUUGGUGAUCCUGUUUUCAUUACACUUCAAGACCAAGAAAUGAAAGAGGUGGAAAAGGAAUUGAUCCUUGAAAGACAGCAACUUUAUAAGACUAAGUCAGCUAAUGCUAGAACAAGGGUAUGGAUGGAUGUUUUCAUUGAUAAAGGUAAUGAACUUGAACAUGAAGCAUUUCUUGCUACUUGGUUGUCAAUUUUUGUUCAUCCUUAUAAAAGUCGUGUUGUGAAUAGUUCUUUCUUUCGUGUUGCUAUUCAUCUUGCUAGAGGAAAUCCUAUUGCAUUAGCACCUGCAGUUUUGGCUAGUUUGUAUAAGGAUUUAGGUUUACUUAAGAACAUAUUAGUUAAUUUGUCAAAACUUCCUGUUGGUGGUGAUAGACUUCCCAUGGAGGCUAUUCUUCAAUCACCCUUUUACUUGGUUCAAGUUUGGGUUUGGGAGAGGUUCAAAAAUUUACAACCACAACCCAUGCUGAUCAACUAUGAAGACCCUUUUUUGUUUAGGUGGCAUAAUGCUGAGAGUGAGAACUUAAAUGUUGACAAUGUUAGGUUGGAAUUAAACUCAGCAAAGAAUCAUUUUCUUUGGCGUCCAUAUGUUAGAUUUGCUGAGAAGUGUGAACUGUUUUAUCCAAAUGAUGGAACUUGGGUAUUUAAGACUGAUUUGGAUGACACAAUGCUGUCAUUUGUUAGAUGUAUGAGAGUUUCUGAGCUUGUUGGAAUUGACUUUGUAGUUCAAUAUCUCCCACAUAGAGUUGCUUUGCAAUUUGGAAUGGAUCAAGAUAUUCCAAGUUACGUGCCUAGGUUCAAUGAGACUGAAUCUGUUGCUUGGGAAAACUACAACAGGCCCAUAUCUGAUGAACAUGUGUAUUUUCCAUCGAGGUUGUUUGAGGCAGAUGUUACCACUCGUUAUGCAGAGUGGUGGAAGAAAUUUGUACCUAAUUGCAACAAUUUUGUUAAGAAAACUGUGCAGCAGAAGAGAAGUGCAAGUCCAUGGAAACAUCGACCUUGUGAGGGAAACGCUAAGGAAAGUGGAAAUGAUGAUGGUGAAAGCUGUCGCUAUGCUCUCAGAAACAGAGUCUCUUCUUCCAACAAUGCAACUGUAGCGCAGCAUAAUCUUCAGUUUCACUCUGAUAUGGCUGCAGGAGCUAAACAAACACUUAUAGAAAGAAAAGAAAGUGAUGAUGAUGUAUUAGUUUUCUUAAAAGAGAAAUACUUGAAGAAUCAAGAGGAACUCACACGUCUGGCAAGAGAACAGGAGCAUCUGGAAAGACAACAGGAAGAGGUCUUACAGUUAAUAAAUUCAAGGGAGAAGAGGGAAGAAGUGUCAAGCAGCUCCUCACUAGUGUUCUAA